GGACCACUGACGCUAAUUUUUCUCAUCUAAAAUGACUGGGAACGUCGUCCGACAGAGUAAUAUCGGCCUGGUGAAAAGAAGGAUCCCUGCUAAACAUUCUGAAUACAGGGAUCUUCAGGCGAGGAUCCAAACAUUUAUAUCAUGGCCGAUAAAAGUUCAGGCUAAAACACUCGCAGAAGCGGGAUUCUUUUCAAUCCAGGUAGAAGACUCGGUGCGUUGUUUCCAGUGUGGGGUGGGGUUGAGAAACUGGGACCCCGAAGAUGACCCCUGGGUGGAGCAUGCAAGAUGGAAGCCAAGUUGUCCAUUUGUAGUCAACAAUACCUCCGCUGAAUUCAUCGCACAAGUUCAAGAGGCUGUACGGAGAGAGGAGGCUGACACAGUGAAUGAACAUUCCAACAUAAUGCAAGUGACCGAUCGUGAUAUUGAACAAGACUGUCCACCCUGUAGAACAAUAAAACAGAAAGAUUUAUAUGAAUACCCAGAGUCUACUUACGAGAAAAACCCACUUCUGACAGAUGCAGCACAAAGUGUGUUAGAGUUUGGGUACCUUCCAAAAACCAUCAAAGGAGCGAUAGAAAAUAUCAUUCCACGUGUUGGAGGAUGGAAAAACCUUACAGGGUCCCUCAUUAUGGAGGAAAUUUUUAGAUUAGAAGAUACAAGAUGUUUAUCCUACAGUGAAAACGUCAAAUCCAAAUCCAGACAGCUCUCCAACGACGAAAUGAAAAAGGAAAACGAAUCUAUGCGUGAUGCACACACAUGUAAGAUAUGCUGCGAUAAAACAGUUGCCAUAGUUUUCCUUCCUUGUGAUCAUCUUUGUUGUGCCCAGUGUGCUCCAGCCCUAAAGAAGUGUCCAGUGUGUCGCCAGCAGGUCAAAGGAUCAACAAGGGUCACAUUUGGGACUUGAACGAGACCUUGAUUAUCUGCUGAACUUAAAAAAAAUCAAAAUUGGAGGCAAAAUGAAGCGAUAUGUUAUUGUGCAAUCUGCGAAAAACUC